AUGACAGAUGUCGCGCCUGUGGAAGAUUGGAGCUGGGAAUGCCCUCAAGACCCACACCCUCCUUCUCCUCCGACACCACCUCCUCUACCAGUGAUGUACCAGGCUCCACUCUCAGAAUUGUCGCUUCAAGAUCUCGAAGACGAAGCUGAGACCAAGCUCGCCGUGACCGAGGAACUCGCCCGCCACACAAGAUACUCAGCAUUGGCUCCACAUUUACGGUACUCCCAGUUUGACGUCACCAUUCCCAUAAGAGAUCACUUGAAUGGCAAGACGUGCCCCGUCGUGGGUAUAAACUGCAAAGGGGCGAGGUCUAUGAACCAUUUGAAAGAACACCUUCUCACCCAGAAGCACAUGGAGCAAGCUCUGGAGCGAGAGGCUCUCAAUAACCCUGUGGCACCAACACCCGAACCAACCUUCCGGCUUGUCCCAACCGUGUCCAUAUCUUUCUCGGCGCCAACCCCCGUCCCGAGCUCAGAUGAACCAGAACUGGAUAAUGUUUCUGGUGAAGAGAUGGAGUUGGAUGAUCCAGAAACUCCCACACCACCCUCAUCUGAGCUACCUCCGUUGGACAAGGAACGAGAAAUUCCCGACUCGCAAGAGUCGGAGCCCUGGAGUUACCGACGGGAUAUGGUUAUACCAGAUUCUGAGGAUAAUGAAGAGGAUGCGCUAUAG